AUGACUGUCGUAGACGACAUCAACCCGUACUCCUUCAAUACUACGAGACUGAUCUUCUAUCCUCUGGUUUUACUGGCAACAGGCCUGUGGUUACUUUAUCGAUGGCAACAACAAUCAAGACUCCACAAAUUAGGAAACUUACUGCCAGGUCCUUUGCCAGUGCCGUUAUUUGGAAAUGCACUAUUGGCUUUAGGAAAAAGACCAGAAGAGCUUCUUACCCUGGCGUUAAGUUAUGCUGAAAUAUACGGAACAGUGGUCCGCGGUUGGCUGGGCUCGAAACUUAUAAUAUUCUUAGCUGAUCCAAAUGACGUUGAGGUUAUUCUCAACAGCCAAGUUCAUAUCGACAAAGCUUCUGAAUAUAGAUUUUUCAAACCAUGGCUUGGUGAAGGCUUACUCAUCAGUUCAGGUGAAAAAUGGCGAAGUCAUCGUAAAAUGAUUGCACCUACUUUCCACAUAAACAUUCUGAAAUCAUUUGUUAAUACUUUUAAUGAAAACAGCAAAAAUGUUGUCAACAAAAUGAGAGGGGAGAUCGGAAAAGUGUUUGAUGUUCACGAUUACAUGAGUGGAGUCACUGUUGAUAUUCUAUUAGAAACGGCUAUGGGAAUCACAAAAGACACACAAGAGGGGGAAUCAGGUUUUGACUAUGCUAUGGCAGUAAUGAAAAUGUGCGACAUAAUUCAUCAAAGGCAUUAUAAAUUUUAUUUACGCUUCGAUGCUAUUUUUAAGUUUACAUCUUUCUUUGAGAAACAAAAAAAGCUUUUAGAUAUCAUUCACGGUCUCACUAAUAAGGUUAUUAAAAACAAGAAAGAAAAAUAUUUGCAAAAUAAGGCCAAAGGAAUCAUUCCGCCUACUAUUGAAGAAGUUACACGUCCAAGUCGAGAAGAAGAAACAGGACUGGCUAACGUUAAGACUCUGUCUGAUACUGUAUUUAAAGGUUAUCGUGAUGACUUAGACUUUAAUGAUGAGAAUGAUGUCGGUGUAAAGAAACGUCUUGCUUUCUUGGAUCUCAUGAUUGAAUCUGCACAAAAUGGUACUAAUAAUAUAACUGACCAUGAAAUUAAGGAAGAAGUUGAUACUAUAAUGUUUGAGGGUCAUGAUACAACUGCAGCUGGGUCUAGCUUUGUCCUCUGUCUUCUCGGUAUUCACCAAGACGUUCAAACUAAAGUUUACGAUGAACUAUAUUCAAUAUUUGGAGAUUCUGAUCGCCCUGCAACUUUUGAAGAUACCCUUCAUAUGAAAUAUCUGGAAAGAGUUAUCUUAGAAUCUCUCAGAAUGUACCCACCAGUACCACUUAUUGCGAGAAAAUUGAAGCGCGAUGUUAAAAUUGCAACUAACAAUUAUGUUCUACCGGCUGGAGCGACUGUCGUUAUUGGACAAUACAAAAUUCAUCGAAACCCCAAAUACUACGAUAACCCUGAUGUCUUCAAUCCGGAUAACUUCUUACCAGAAAAUACUCAGAAUCGGCACUAUUACAGCUAUAUUCCUUUCAGUGCUGGUCCAAGGAGCUGUGUAGGUCGUAAAUAUGCCAUCUUGAAGCUAAAGAUCUUGCUGUCUACGAUUCUCCGAAACUACAAAAUGGUGUCAGACAUCACUGAAGACCAGUUUGUGCUCCAAGCCGAUAUCAUCCUAAAGAGAAAUGAUGGAUUCAGGGUUCAAAUCGAACCUAGACAGAGAGUGCCAUCUACCGCU